UUCAACGCGUUUACGUCUCCUGAAGGGAUGCAGCGACAGAAGUUCACUUAUUGAGCUACAGUGGAUCAUUGCCUUCUGUUUUUUUGCAGCUGUGACUUUGGACACGGGUGACUGGGAAUACUUCUGUGACUUCCAGACAGUGCACGGAGAGCUCGGGCUGGAUAUGCCACAGGUGGAAAGGUGAGGAGCGGCAGGCUGUGGCCCCAGUGCACGGAGCAGACUUCCCCAGGUUUGUGAAGAUGGGGACCUGGUUUUUCACUGUGACUGUCCUGCUGUUCUCCAUGAAACAGGCUGAAGCUCAGGGCAAGUGUAAUAAUGUGCAAGCAGCAGAUAUUGUUUUCCUGGUUGACGGGUCUUCCAGUAUUGGCCGAGCAAACUUUCUUCAGGUGAAAGGCUUCAUGACUGGAAUCGUCAAACCAUUUGCCAGCUUUGUCAGCGAGACCGGGAUACGGUUUGGUGCAAUACAAUACAGCGACACCUCCAGAGUUGAAUUUAAAUUGACUACCUACCUGGAUGGCACUGAUCUGGUCAACGCUGUGGAGAGUCUGAACUAUAAGGGUGGAAACACACGCACUGGUGCUGGUCUCAAGUUUGUUGCAGAUAACUUCUUCAAUCCUGCGUCGAGUCGGGAUGUCCCAAAGAUCACCAUCCUGAUCACAGAUGGGAAGUCACAAGACAGCGUUCAGGAACCAGCACAGAAGCUCCGCAGUCAGGGAGUUCAUGUGUUUGCAGUCGGUAUAAAAAGUGCAGACAGGAGUGAACUGUCUCAGAUCUCCUCCCAGCCCAGCAGUGAUUUUACAUCCUUUGUUGGGGACUUUAAACUGCUGAACACUCUUCUUCCUCUUGUGAGCCCUCUACUGUGUACCAAAGCAGGAGGAGUUUACGCUAGUGAUGAGGCGUUUUCUGGUCCGUCAAACAUUCAGUUCACAGGCCAGACGUCUGAUACUCUAAGGUUUCGCUGGAGUGCAGCGGGGGGUCCUUUGAGUGGCUAUGUGAUCCAGUAUGUGCCACUCUCCGGCUUGGGUCAGCCUAUCACAGCAGACAUGCGUCAGGACACUGUCCCUGCCAGUCAGAGGACGUUUUCCGCACGAGAGCUGAGGUCAGGAACCGACUACCUGGUGACUGUCAUUGCCCAAUACCCAAACAGUUUGGGGGAGUCUGCUUCUGCCAAACAACGAACAAGAUCUUUGCCAGGGGUCACCAGUCUACGCCUCGCUCAGGCAGGCUCCUUCUCGCUCGCUGUGGACUGGGGUCAGCCUUCGACUCCUGUGCAGGGCUACAGACUCACCUAUGGACCACAAGGUCAGCCCGCUGCUCAGCUGUUGGAGCGGUCUCUGCCUGCAGACUCCACUUCUGUCACCCUGGAGUCCCUUCAGCCCGACACAGAGUACGUUGUCAGCCUCUACCCUCUUUUCAACCGAAACUCUGCAUCCCCCUCCAUCCUCAACGCCCGCACACUGCGCCUUCAGGCAGUGGAGCAGUUAUCAGUGCAGACGGAGUCAGAGGGCAGUGUUCAUGUGCGGUGGAGAGGCGUUAGGGGCGCACGGGCCUACCGUCUGGUCUGGGGGCCUUUCACAGGACGAAAUGUCGAGACGGUGGAGGUUACUGAGGUGUUUCACACUUUGUCCAGACUGCAGGCCGACACUGAGUACAUCGUCACCAUCAUCCCGCUGUACGAGGGCAUCAACGAGGGUCCUGUAGCAACGGCCAGGUUCAAGAUAGAGCACCAGGAGCAGCAGGUGCUCAGAGCAGCCACCACCAGCCCCUCCACCAUCCGCCUCACCUGGAGAAUCAUUCUGUCAUCUCGGGGGUACCGCCUGGAGUGGAAGGAGGGGGAAGGAGGCCAAAUCCAGAGCCUGACCUUUCCUAGAACCACGACCAGCCAUGAGCUAACAGGCCUUCAGCCCAAAACAGAAUAUAUCAUGUACCUGUACACCCUGUUUGAUGGUCGUGAGGAGGCCACACCUGUCUCCACCUUAAACAGAGAGGAACAGCCAGUGGGGAGGGUGUCCAACCUGAGAGUUGUGGAGUCCCUGGGCAGUACCGUCCGACUCGGCUGGACGGGUGUAGCCGGUGCCACGCAGUACCGCAUCAUUAUCCUCAACAAAGCAGGGGGAUCAGAGGAAAUCCAGAAUAUCCCUGGAAACCAGACGACCCUGGACCUCAGAGACCUGACGGUGGGAGUGUCUUAUGGGGUCAGUGUCACAGCGCUGGUGGGAGAAAACGAAGGAGACCCAGUCACUGUCUACAUCAAACCAGAGCAAGGUAUUGGCAGAGUGACUAACCUCAGGGUGACAAACGCCAACAGUCGGCGAAUUAGAAUAGGCUGGACAGGUGCUGCUGGGGCAACGGGUUACAAGGUUACCUGGAGACAAGGCAACAGUGGAGAGCAGUCCCGUAUUCUGGGGGCGGAGGUCACAUCCUUCACCAUGGACGGCCUGCAGCCGGAUGAGGAUCUGGUAGUUGGGGUUGCGACUGUGGUUGACCAGCGUGUUGGAGAGGUGGUCACACUGACUAGUAAGACUAAUCCCAACGGGGGAUCGGUGGCUGCCCUGCGCAUUGUUGACGUUACAUCUCAGGGGAUACGCAUCGCAUGGUCACGUUCCUCCCGGGCAACUGGUUAUAAGGUCACUUGGCGCAGUGAUGAUGGAGUUGAAACAACUCGUAACGUGGCCGCUGAUGUCUCUUCUUACACCAUUGACGGACUACAGUCAGAUUCAGCAUACAGUGUAUUAGUUUCUUCACUUACCGGCUCUCGAGAGGGGAGUCCUUCCACCCUGAGUUUCAAAACAGAGUCAGAUAAUUCUGUGAUUGGGACUGUGACGUCACUGCAAGUCCAGGAGGCUCGUGGAGAGGUGGUCCGAGUCACCUGGGUUGGUGUGCAGGGAGCAACGUCUUACCGUGUGUCUUGGAGGAGAACAGAUGGUGGUGAAGAGAGGAGUCAGCUGGUGGCGGGAGAUGUGACAGCAGUGGAUUUAGACCAGUUGGACCAGGGAGCCCAGUACGAAGUGCGGGUCAUGGCUUUAGUUCAAAACAGAGAGGGAACCCCCGUGUCUGUCAGAGUCACCACACCUGGUUCCCCCUCCCCCCCAUCACGUACCACAACUUUACGAGUUGCGGAGGUUACCAGGGAUUCAGUGCGGCUUGGCUGGACUCCACUUCCUGGCGCCACAGGAUAUAUUCUACGCUGGAGAGACGAGAGAGACAUUGGUCCAGGCUUGUCUGUUACGCUCCCCGCUGCGUCCAACUUCUACCAGGUGACUGGGCUGCGAUUGGGCCGUCGUUAUCGUUUCACCGUGCAGCCCACUUUUGCAAAUGGAUUGGGAACAGAGAGCUCUCUAGAUGAACGCACUGUGUGUGUGGGCGGACGUCUGGACGUGGUGUUUGUGAUUCCGGCAUCUACCGAUCGAAGUAGCCUCGCAAGACCACUGCGUGAACUCCUCGCAAGUGCAGCAGGGUCUCUCAAUACUAUUGGAGCCCGGGACUCUCAGGUGGGAGUUGUAGUAUAUGGCUACAGACCCAAAACAUGGUUCCCACUUAGUCGCCAUAGCAGGUAUGACACACUUCUUCAACAGAUCCAGUCCACACCGUUUGAUGAAAGCCCGGGAAAUAACAUUGGUGAGGCGGUGACCUACACCAGGCAAUACCUGCUGACCCCCUCAGUUGGACGGAGACCGAGGGUCCCUGGUGCUGUCGUCAUCAUCGCUGACAGAAACUCAGCUGACAAUCUGACUCUGGCAGCCCUCGGUCUUAGGGCUACAGGUGUAGGUGUGACAGUGUUAGCUGUAGGUAUAGACCAGGCAAACACAGAGGAGCUGCGUCGGGCCGUGACGGACGGCAGCACCCAGAACAUCCUUUACAUCCGUGAUGCAGCCCAGUUGGACACCCUACACACUGACCUGGCAGACUUGCUCUGUGGCAUUGCCAGAAUACCAGAUGUAGGUCCAGGUCCAGAGCAGUGUACCGUUCAGUGCCCUCAGGGUGAACAGGGACGUCCCGGUGGGACGGGUGAGAGAGGCAGCGAUGGCACAGAUGGACGCAAGGGAGAUCCUGGUCGUGAUGGUCUGCCUGGGAGGGAAGGCUCCAUAGGCCCUGAAGGUCGCCCAGGUCCUCCAGGUCAAACCAUCACCGUUGACCCCUCAGGGGGGGUGAAAGGAGAAAAGGGAGAGAGGGGUUUUCCUGGCAUUGAUGGAAGUCCAGGGUUGCCGGGACGACCAGGUUCCUCUGGAAGUGGAGGGCUCCCGGGUUCGCAGGGCAUACCUGGUAUACGAGGAGAUCCAGGUCAAAUAGGUGGGACUGGGCCACUAGGACCAACAGGCGCAAAAGGUGAAAGGGGAGUACCAGGCUCAGCUAUAUCAGGAGGGGGUCUUCCAGGGAGGAAAGGAGAGCCAGGCCUCCCGGGAAUACCGGGUUCUCUUGGUCGACCAGGCAGCAACGGCGGCAAGGGUGGGCCCGGUGUUCCUGGAACACCUGGUCAGGAAGGUCGUGCAGGUUUACCAGGAACACCAGGACUCUCCAUCAAGGGAGACAGGGGCAACCCAGGAGAUAGGGGACUUCCAGGAGUCGGCAGUGGGGUGGCCGUGAAGGGCGAGAAGGGCUCCCCAGGUACUCCAGCAUCUGCAGGGACUCCGGGUCUUAGAGGGCUACCAGGUCCACAGGGCAGCAAAGGAGACAAGGGUGACGGUGGUGAUGGGAAGGCUGGACCUGCAGGCAGGCAAGGAGUGCCUGGGGACCAGGGUCCCCGUGGGCCUACAGGAGAAACUGGUGGCAAGGGUGACCGAGGACAGCCAGGUGAGGCUGGAUCACAGGGAGACAGGGGGGAGAGAGGACUAAAUGGUGAAACUGGGGAGAGGGGGGACCUCGGGAAGUCGGGCCUCGCAGGAACAACAGGCUUGAGAGGUUUGCCAGGGCCCAUUGGAGCCACAGGAGAAAAGGGAAACGAUGGUGCACGUGGAGAGCCUGGCAGAAGUGCUCCAGGUUUGGGAGGAAAGAAAGGGGACCAGGGGGACCGAGGCCUGUCUGGAUCUGACGGGGAGAGGGGUGAUAAAGGAGAUUUAGGCCAGAAAGGAGAGAAAGGGUCUUCAGGCUCAGGAGGCUCUGAUGUUGGAUCUAAAGGAGAGCCGGGAGAAAGAGGACUUGCUGGUCUCAGUGGAAGGCCGGGUGGCAAGGGAACUCCAGGAGAACCGGGAGAGAAUGGGGAGAAUGGGCGACCAGGAAUCCCCGGAAAAGCUGGCCUUCCCGGGAAAGGGGGAGACAGAGGAGAAAAGGGUGAUGAAGGCACACCUGGGGAAUCUGGACUUCCGGGGAAGUCGGGCGAAAGAGGACUGAGGGGACUGGCUGGUCAGCCCGGACGACUAGGAGAGAAGGGAGACCUGGGAGACCCUGGAGAGUCAGGACGAAAUGGCAGCCCUGGACCUGCGGGACUGAGAGGAGAUAAAGGACAACUGGGUCCCCAAGGGCCUCCAGGACCACCAGGAAAAGUGGCUGACAUCCAGGGCCAGCUGAAAGGAGUGGGAGGAGAAAAGGGGGAUGCUGGCGACCCAGGAGAGCACGGCGGCAAAGGUCAAAAAGGCGAAGCGGGGACUCCCGGAGCUGCAGGCCUACGAGGCCCUGAGGGACAACGGGGACUUGCAGGCACAAGAGGUGAUACAGGGGAAAGAGGAGCGCCUGGAGAGAAGGGAGAAAGGGGAACUUCCGGGUUAGAUGGACGUUCUGGUAUAGAUGGUAAACUAGGUGCUGCUGGACCCCCUGGUCAGAGGGGUGAUGCUGGAAAACAGGGGGAUCAUGGGAGAGACGGUUUAGCAGGAUUUAGAGGGGAGCAGGGCCCCCAAGGGCCUGUUGGGCCUUCAGGCGCUGCAGGGAUACCUGGCAAAGCAGGUGCAGAUGGCAAACCUGGUUCUGCUGGCAAAAUGGGCGAGGAUGGUGUCCCCGGUGAAGAUGGCAGAAAGGGUGAUAAUGGAGAACUGGGAGCAGCUGGAAGAGAUGGCCGGGACGGAACAAAAGGAGACCGGGGCCUUGCUGGGGCGUCUGGACCCUCUGGCCCUUCGGGGGCUCCUGGCGUACCUGGCGGCAUUGGUCCUCCCGGACAGGUGGUGUAUGUCAAAGGAGUUGCAGCCUCACCGAUCCCAGGCCCACAGGGGCCCCCAGGAACCCCUGGCAUACCUGGGAUCCCCGGAGCUGUGGGAGGCAGAGGGGAUAGAGGUCCAUCUGGCCUCAAAGGUGAUGCUGGCGACCCAGGAGAGGACGGGGCACCGGGUAAACCAGGGACAACAGUGGAUGUACAGAGGGCUCUGUCCAGCCUUGGGAUUCAGGUGUCUGAUCUAAAGGUGGUUGUGGACAGAAAGGACACACCGCUCGCUCCUACAGUGCAGAAGGCAGCUAAGGGUGACAAAGGUGACGGUGGUGAACCUGGACUGAGAGGACCCUCUGGUGCAGAUGGUUCCCGUGGUUUCCAAGGAGAGAGAGGAUCAAAAGGGGAUCAAGGGGAGCGAGGAAUCGUGGGAAAUCCUGGGCCUCCAGGGAGAGCCAUCGGAGAGCGAGGUCCACAGGGACCCUCAGGACCCGCUGGAGAGUCGGGCAAACCAGGGAUACCGGGGGUUCCUGGGCGGGCUGGAGAACUGGGGGAGGCUGGAAGACCUGGAGAUAAGGGGGACAGAGCAGAGAAAGGGGACAAAGGAGAAUCUGGUAAAAUUGGGCUCACAGGAUUAGCCGGCCCAGCAGGUCAAAAGGGAGCAUCUUCUGAGUCAGUACUGGUAGGACCUCCCGGGGCCAGAGGCCCUCCAGGGGUUGUAGGACACAAGGGAGAACCUGGUGCUGCAGGACUGCCAGGACCUCAAGGAGAACGAGGCUUUGUGGGAUCUCGUGGAGAUAAAGGAGACAGAGGACAGUCUGGAGAUAACGGACGUGACGGCUCACAGGGAACACCAGGAGAACCAGGAAAACCUGGUCAGGAUGGGAAACCGGGCAUGCCUGGGUUCCCAGGAGUUCUAGGCAGACCGGGAAACCCAGGAGAGCCUGGCAUGAGGGGGCCAACUGGCCCCAUGGGUCCCAAUGGCCUUCCAGGUCCAUCAGGUGUGAAGGGCAAUCAAGGAGAGCCAGGCGUUGGUGUCAAGGGUCCUCCGGGGGCCCAGGGGAGCACAGGGCUGCCAGGACCAGCAGGCCCCCCCGGAACUGUGGGUCCUCAGGGCGCCCCAGGACUGUCAGGGCAGGUGGGUGAAGCUGGUAAACCAGGAGUCCCUGGAAGAGAUGGGGUGCCUGGGAAAGAAGGAACACAUGGAUUACCUGGGAAGCAGGGCAUUGCUGGACCUCCAGGCUUGGGCGGCUUAAAGGGGGAGCAGGGAGACAGCGGUCCUCCAGGGAAGGCUGUGACUGGACCCCCUGGACUGAAGGGAGAGAGGGGUCUUAGUGGUCAAACACUGCCAGGAACAGCUGGAGAGAGAGGUCUAUUGGGAGAACAGGGUAACAGGGGAGACAAAGGUGCUGGUGGCAACAAAGGAGAGAGAGGAGUGGAUGGUGAAGCAGGAGAGCCUGGAGAAGAUGGGGCACAAGGAUCUUCUGGGUCAAAAGGAGAUAAGGGAGAGAAGGGCAUAGGGCAGGCAGGGCCUCCUGGAAGGGACGGGCCUCAAGGUUUGAAGGGAGAUCCAGGCCUUCCAGGUCCAGCUGGUCCUCCGGGGCUGCAGGGGAAGGCAGGGAAUACUGGGCCGCCUGGCCUGAGGGGAGAAAUUGGACAACUAGGACCUCCAGGACCACCAGGGGAGAGGGGCCUACAGGGCUUUGGAGGCCGUGCAGGAACUGUCGGACCCCCUGGUCCUUCUGGACCCCCUGGAGAGGCAGGCUCUUCCGGUACUAACGGGGGCAAAGGAGACAAGGGGGAAGUCGGCGCCAGUGUCCCCGGUCCCAGAGGAGAGAGAGGAGAUGCAGGGCUGAGAGGAGAGGAGGGUCGUGCUGGCCUGGAUGGGGAGAGAGGGACAACGGGUCCCGCAGGGAUUCGUGGUGGUCGGGGAGAGAAAGGAGACAUUGGGCUGCAAGGUGACAAAGGAGAGAAGGGGGACACGGUGCUGGUGGGAGGACCCGGUGGAGAAAAGGGCAACAAAGGAGAAACGGGGGACAGGGGACCCAAAGGUGUACAGGGAGAAAAGGGGGUGAAGGGUCAAGAGGGCCCUCUAGGAGAGCAGGGUCUCACGGGAGAGCCAGGAGACCGAGGAUCCAGUGGAUUCCCGGGUGCCCGUGGGCCCGGUGGACAGAAGGGAGAAGCAGGCCAACAUGGGGUACCUGGUGAAUCGGGUUUAUCAGGAAAAGACGGGCUGCUGGGGCAGAAGGGGAAUAAAGGAGAGCUCGGUAUCGUAGGAAUGAGGGGAAUCAAGGGUGACCGAGGACCCAAGGGGGCUUGUGGAGGCGAUGGACCCAAAGGAGGCAAGGGGGAUUCUGGUAUUCAUGGGCGAUCAGGCCUACCAGGAAGAAAAGGCGAACAGGGGGAGCUCGGACCUUCUGGGGUCCCAGGGAUCUCCGGAAAAGAGGGACUAGUGGGCCCCAAGGGUGACCGUGGCUUUGACGGGCUUGGAGGACCCAAAGGCGCUCAGGGAGAGAAAGGUGAAAGGGGCCCGUCUGGCAUCCCUGGCCCCCCCGGCCCUAGAGGAGUGGACGGGGUCCCGGGCCUGACUGGCACUCAGGGACCAGCUGGUGCUGGUGGCCCAGAGGGUCUUCAGGGACAAAAGGGAGAGAGAGGUCCGAUCGGCCCCUCCAUGGUGGGUCCACGCGGUAUCCCAGGAGUCUCGGGGGAGCGCGGAGAGCAGGGAGAGCUGGGCCUAGAUGGAACCAAGGGAGACAGAGGAGAGCCAGGCAUGACGGAGUAUGAAGUGAGAGAGUACGUUCGCUCGGAGAUGGGUCAGCACUGUGCGUGUGGAGGUUCAGACCCAGUAAGUCGGUCCCAGCCCCCGGUCAGGGCUCGGCCUGUACCAGAGCAACAGCUGGUCGUGAAGGGUAAGGAGGGUCGUGAGCUGCGUGUGGUGGUGAACACCAACGACCCGGACUAUGAACACAUCUACUCCAUUGAGGCGUACGACGAACCUUUAGACGAGCUGCUCUACUUCACUCCUUCUGCAAACCAGAGUGAUGGUGAGGUUGUCAAGGAUAACACUGACAAAACAGUCAAAGUUCAACCAAAAAAAUCAGCCUCAGCUGACGUUAAGAAAACAGCAAAAGAUGGUGGUCAGAAAGCAGCCAAAGUUACCACUCUGAAAGCAGUCAUGUCCAGAUCAGUCAGGUCCAAGAGGAGAGUCAAUGGGGAAGCUCCAGCAGACGUGUGCCUGCUGCCCAUGGAGGAGGGGAGCUGUGGACGGUACACGAUGCGCUGGUACUUUAACAGCCAGGUUCAGGCCUGCAGGCCCUUCAUCUACAGCGGCUGUGAAGGAAACGACAACCGCUUCCUCGAGCUGGAAGAGUGUGAGGAGCUCUGCCUUGGGGGGGCCGAAGGUCGUCCUUCCUUGAAGACAGCACAAUGAAUGAGGACCAAUCUUCCUCUGCCACUGGAAUGUUAGCCUUUAUAUAGCUUUUAAAGAGUAUUAUUUUGUCAAUUGUCAACAUUUGUUUUUGUUUAUUUAUUGUUUUUGUAGGCCUAACCCAACCCCAGGUUCAGACGGGAUGCCAGAGUGCUUCCUUGCUUUAUAUUCUCCAAAACAUGCAACUACAACAACAAAAAAGCCCAAAUAGUGUUUAUUAGUAGAAACAUAAUUUUGUAUUACUUUCCUUCUUGUGCAGUAAAACAUUACAAUCAAGAAAACAAUUAUUUCCUUUACUAUUAUUUCUCAUUUUAACUGAACAACAGUACUGUGUUAAAGUACCUUCCAUAUCUUCUCCAUUUCAUGUUCCACACAGACUUGUAUACAAACAAAGGACUUAUGACUGCAUACAGAGAGGGAGUGGACACAUGGCUCACCUCACUCUUAAAUGCUAUAUUCCUCAAGUAUGUACCAAUCUGGUGAAGUUCAUUAUGUUCCUUUUUUAAGGCCAUAGUUUGUAGUAUUGCUCAGAGAUUUUACAUCAAGCCUGUUACUCCACUUAUCAUCAGAAAAAGAAAACUAAAAGACAUUUCUCUCUAUUUAGAAAAUAAUUGUAAAAUUGGUCCAAAUAAUUGCAUAUUUUGCAAUUGAAAACACUUUUUCAACCCUUUCGACAUUAGAAAAGGGUUAGUCAAUACAAUUGUUUGGUAUUGACUAGCCACUUUGUUUAACAAAUAUGUUUCUUGGUAUAUUCGGAAAAAUAAUUAGAUACAAAAAAAAAGCACUUGAUGUAGGUUCAUUUUAUCUUGCAGUUAUUGAUUGGAUGGUCGCAUUAAAAAGAAAAAAGGUUUCUUAUGUGUUUUUGCAUCACAAAGAUUAGAGUCAACAAUUUAUAAUAAGGCUUGUUUUCUACCUCUUUGCAAAAAAGGUUGCGUUAUUAUUAAAGACCUCCAUAUUAAAGUUAAUGCAUACUGCUUUUUGGCAUUUAACAAUGACUAUGACUCACUUGUGGAGCAGCUGUUGUUGUCAUGAUUUGCAGCCUUUGUUACAUAAAUUGUAAAGUGUCACAGAGAAAAAUAUAACAAUCCCGAAAGCAGCAUUAGCUAAAAGGAACAUACUGUAUGAAAGAACAUCAGUGUUUUUUUACAGACCGCAAAAAUAAACACCCUUUAUGAACUUUACCAAACUGGUAGUUACUUCAAGGAUAAGGUGUUUUCAUUAUUUAGCUCACUCCUUAAAUGUACAGACUGUAGAAACUGUACACACAAGUACCAAUAUUUCAAAGUGUUCUUCUAAUUAUAAUUGUAAUGUAAAGUUCUUCAACAUAGACACACAGGAGUCACUUUUAGUUUAGUACUUCAGAUUUGUUUCUGAGAAAUCAUGUCUUUGAGUCAGUUUGGUAUUUAGUAGUAGCCUCCGCAGACCAGACACAAUUUGAAAUGGAGGAAUUUGAAUCUUCUUUUUAUCAUCACACAUGUACACUGUAGCAAAUGUAUGAAUUUAAGACUCUUCAUUUACCCUUUAAUAGUAUUAGGAGUGGGGGGGGUGGUGCCUGACUCAUCCUGCAUCGCCCAGAAUGAGAACUGGCACCUCUCCAGGUACAAGUCUCUACACACUGUGUACUUGUUCCAUAUGAAAUGUGUCCCUACAAACUGAGCUACUGCUGCAAAGCUAAUUCAAAAUAAUAUAACAUGACAAACAUUACAGGUUUAUGUAAAACAAACAAAAACAUAUACAGCUAACUUAAGUCCCUAACAACAGAGUUGAAAUUGACUUAUAUUCGACAUUUUUAUGAACUUUUUUUUCAUGGUUAAAAUGAAUGAUUUCAACCAGAUGAUUUUCAACCCUUUCUAAUCCCUGAAAGUGAAAAUAAAAAUGAAAAUAACUUCCUGAACCCCAGGUGCCUGAAAUAACUCCUCAUAUUUCUCUACAUUAUACCUACAGUAUGCAAGCACUAUAUAUUUGUUUAUCAUUAUGAGUACAGUUUUGACAAAUAUGAAGAACCUAGCACAAUAUUCUGCCAAUAUUUUGUACAUAAUGUAUUUCAUCGUUUGGGGGAACGUGUGCUUAUGAUCACGACUGCAUGUUUAUCUGUCAGAGAAAAGGUGCUAUUUUUAAAGGUAUUUUUAUACUGUGUAUUGAAGAUGUGUAUUCAUGUGGUGCAAACCUUUUUUAUGUAGUCUUAUAGAAUAUUUUAAAAGAGCUUUCUAAUAAACCAAAUGUUUCAGUAAA